CGACACCCCAUCCCCCACCCCCCAAAAGCAGAGGACUGUCCUGGAGCAGCUGCCCAGACCGUGACUGCGAGUGUGUGGUUUGGGUGCGAGAGACGCUGCGUGAAAGGCGCGGAGGAGUUGGAGUCACAGCGUUCCGAAGGCGGGAGACUAGGGCGCUAUGUGUGAAGGUUAAUAGGAUUUCCAGCGCAGAAGAUGCCGGUCCUGCCCCCUCCACCCCGCUGCUCCCACCUCGCAAAAGCACCCCUCGGAGUGGAGGAGCAGGGCCAGAAGGAGUUAGAGAAAGGCAGCCGAGGGCAUCGAGAGUGAGGGUAUGGCGGGGUUAAAAGUCCUCCUUUGGACUCCCCAGCCUCUGAAACUGUAAGAAAUAAACUUUAUUUCUUCAUUAAAAUUUUUUAAAGAGUCCUCAGAGGCCAACUAAGCUCAGUCCUGAAAAUCUCAGCGCAGGAGGGGACCUCUGGGAACAUCUACAUCGCCCUCGUCCCACACCCUCCAAUUCACAGCUGGGAAAAGCCAGGUCCUGAGCGGACUGCCUGCAGUCACACAACUGAUUCCUGGCAGAGUUAGGUCUAGUAACCCGCACACACUCCGGUUCCUAGGCUCCGUGUAUACGUGAUAAGGUAGGAAAAGGACGUUUCAGAAGCACCCUUUGUGAGCUAGGAGACAUGAGCAGUGACUGGUACUGGAGUGCCCAGCCCACCUUCCUGGCUUCCUCCUCCAGGAGCUUGCUAGCCGGCAUCGCCCGCCACAGCACUGCAGCUGGAGAAGCGCUCCCGGAAGCCCUGAGGCUUGAACUAGACCCCGAGUACAUAGUGUUUAGCCUCUCCGGAUCCCAGCAUGUGUGGGGGGCGGACCGAGAGGUACGUGGCUGCCAUGGUGCUGAGUGCAGCUGGAGACGCCUUGGGGUACUUCAAUGGAAAGUGGGAGUUCCUCCGUGACGGGGAGAAGAUACACCGGCAGCUGGCCCAGUUGGGUGGCUUGGACGCCAUAGACGUGGGAAGGUGGAGAGUCAGCGACGACACAGUGAUGCACUUGGCCACGGCGGAAGCCCUCGUGGAAGCCGGGAAAGCUCCCACGUUGGCUCGACUGUAUUCUCUCCUCGCUAAGCAUUACCAAGACUGCAUGGGAGACAUGGACGGCCGGGCACCAGGCGGCGCCUCGGUGCAGAACGCCAUGCUGCUGGAGCCGGACAAGGCCAACGGCUGGAGGAUCCCCUUCAACAGCCAUGAGGGUGGCUGUGGGGCUGCCAUGCGGGCCAUGUGCAUAGGUCUCAGAUUUCCUCACUACAGCCAGCUGGACACGCUGGUCCAAGUGAGCAUCGAGAGUGGCCGAAUGACCCACCACCACCCAACAGGCUACCUCGGCGCCCUUGUGUCUGCUCUUUUUACUGCCUAUGCCGUGAAUGGCAAAGCACCCUGGCAAUGGGGAAAAGGACUGAUGGAGGUGCUACCAGAAGCUAAAAAGUAUAUUGUCCAAUCAGGCUACUUUGUGGAGGAGAAUCUUCAACACUGGUUCUACUUCCAAAACCAAUGGGAAAAGUACCUAAAACUUAGAGGGCUUUUGGAUGGCAAAUCAGCCCCUACCUUCCCUAAGCCCUUCGAUGUAAAAGAGAGGGAUCAGUUCUACACCUCCCUGAGCUAUUCUGGCUGGGGCGGCAGCAGUGGACACGAUGCCCCCAUGAUUGCCUAUGAUGCCGUCCUUGCUGCAGGAGAUUCCUGGAAGGAGCUUGCCCACCGAGCCUUUUUCCAUGGCGGAGAUAGUGAUUCUACAGCUGCCAUUGCUGGCUGCUGGUGGGGGGUUAUGUAUGGUUUUAAAGGAGUGAUUCCUUCCAACUAUGAGAAACUGGAAUACAGAAACCGACUGGAAGAGAUUGGUAGGGCUUUAUAUUCUCUUGGGUCAAAGGAAGACACUGUAAUUUCCCCUUAGGGAGAUGAGAUGUUCAUUUCUGGUAGUCCCUUUUCUGCUCAGUUUCUUCUCACUUUUUCCAAAGUCAAGAGUCUUACCCUUGUAUUCAGGAAAUUUCAGAUAACAAGUCCCUUGGGCACCUUAAGCUCAAUCUUUCCAGACUCAUCCUGUUCUCCCUGAAUCUAUCACUCUUCUUAUAAUGAAGAGUCUUUUAUCUCAGUUGAUGGAGUCAGUGUCUCCCAAACUAGAAAUCUCAUAGUCUAAUAUUUGAGUCUUCAUUUACAUUAUGUGAUUGUUCACUAAGUGUUUCCUGUUUGUCUUAGAUUGGGUCCACUCCCUGCUCCCCAAAGUGGGUUUGAGCACAAGUAGUUUAUUUGGGAGGUGAUUCCAGGAAACACUGGUAGGAGAAUGAGGAAGUGAGACUGGGGAGAGAAGGGAGCCAGGGUAGGGUGUGUCAAUGAGCAGGUUUCUACUGUGGGCGAUUGGGGUCAGUCCAUCUGGGCCCUCUGUCUAAGGCAGUUCUCAGAGUUGUCUCACCCGAAGGGCAAGCAGACCUGCGGAAUUUACCCACUGACUUUCAUCUGACUUUAGUUGAGGACCACUCCCAGAGAUGCCAACUCCCUGGUCCUUCUUGGCUUGCCUUGUGUGCAAGCCAAACAUGAAUGUCUUCAGAUGAAGACUCAGAGAUGUGUGCGGUGGCAAGCUGUAGGGUGCCUAGGAACAGUGAGGGGUAUAUGGGGGGGUCCUAACAACAUCUGCUGGACUGUUCUACCUCCUAAAUAUACUUUGAAUCCAUCACCUUUUUUACCUUCCUGCACUGAGUAUUUUUCGGCUGGAUUCCUGCUAUCCAAGCUACUCAAGGCUGGGGAGAUGCUUCUCCUUGCUGCUUUUGGUAAUUGUCAUGUUACCAGUUUUGUUAUUGUCUAUCUGCUUGUCUGUGUUCUCCUGUAGACAGAACCUAGUACAAUGCAUGAGCAUACAAUACACAAUCAGUAUACAAUAAA